AUUACUUCUUUUUUUUACCUAGUGAUCUCAGAUGUUUAAGGAUCACUAAGAUCGUGUCUGGUCUCUCUCUCACUUUGGCGAUUCGACGGAAACAUCUAAACCGUCGACGAAAAACCCUCAUCUCUCCCCCUCAAUGACAACACUUAUCCCUCACCCAUCUCUCUCCUUCUUUUGUCUCUCCUCCUCUUCUACCUUCCAGAAGGUUCUAUUAUCAAAUCCACCAGAAAUUGGAGAUUAGGAGACGUUGUUGAUCAAUUGAAAAACUUGCCCUCCUCUCGAGGAGACGUUGAUCAUGGUGAUAUCGCUUCUCUUCUUGAUCUCGGCAUUAUCCCCACUGCUCGAACGCUCGAGCCAGGUUUCAGUUUCCUUCAUCUCUUCUUAGCUUAGCUUAGCUUGAUUUAUUUCCUUGCCAUGUUUAGUUUUUAUAGAAAAAGGUGGAUACUUGUUGGGAUUUGGCAAAGGUUAGAAAUUUAGCCAAUUGGUUCCAAUUCGAUUAGAGAAGAGAUAGGGCUCGUAUGUAAAAUUACUAUUAGGUUAGCUUUAGCUUUCUUUAACUUGCCCUAUAUAAUUUACAAUGUGCCCACCAAGUGUUCGACUUGCAAUGUGCCCACCAAGUGUUCGACGAAAGUUCUCAAUACCAUGGGAGACGACGACGACGACGAUACACUUGUGGGAAGAGUUUUCGCGCUCAAUUCUUUAAUAGAACACGUGACCCUCACGUGAACAACACCCAACUGACUCUGCUGACCCCUUUUUUAUAGUUAUAAUAGAUCACUUUCUUCUUCUUCUUCCCUUCACUCUUGACCCCAUUUUCUCGAGAAAGAAAAGCUCCAUUCUUGUUUUCUCGAGGAACGUUUUGUUUUCAAUUCCAGCCUCAUCAUGGAGAUGGAUCCAUCAGACGUGAAGAAACUUGUAGCAAUUGAUUCUUCAGACUCAGCCGCAGAAGAAUCUGAAGAGAAGAAACUAAACACCACUUCUGUUUCAGCUUUUGAUAUGAUACUCAAGUCUCUUUGGAAGAUUAGGGUUUUCUUUAGCGAUUUUUUGAUGAGUUAUGUUCAAGAAGCACAACACAACCUCACAGAUGAUGAAUCUGUUCUUCCACAAGACAUACUUCGUAUCUUCCUUCUCAAAAAACUGAGUCUCGCUCAUCCUCUGGACGCAAAUGGUGUUUGUGACCUGUUUCUUAACAUCUUGGAGCAUCUACCUAGCUGGAAUUCACACUUUGAAGUGAAGGAAGUGGCGAAAAAGAUUUGCAAUAGAUGCAAGAUGGGUAUGGAAUAUCCAGUUGAACCUUCUUUUGGUCUGAUCAUCAAUGCUGGUUUACUCAGAGAAGUCAAGGCAUUAUUCGAGAAUCUUACAUUCGAUAAGAUCCUUCAGAUCAUCAGGGUAGAUCUUAAGAUGCCUUGUGAUAAGGAAGGAUGUGGGAAAAGAAACUAUGUUCAACGUAUGAUAAACAAACUUCCAACUGUUUUCACAAUUGCACUUGAGUGGGAGAACGAUGAGCCUCUAGGAGAGUUAUUCGAUACUACUUCUGUUCUGACAACUGAGAUAGAUAUGAAAACGAUAUACCUAUACGAAGGUGACACUGCAUUCACUAAAUACCGUCUUGUCUCAAUGGUUUGCUCGCAUGGAGAUGGAUACAACUGUGUAGCUUAUGAAAACAAUGGAUGGGUCAGACAUUUUCGUUCUGAGAAAGAGGUUAUUGGAGACUGGGAUGGUGUUGUCAGAAAAUUCAGAGAACUGCAUAUUCGACCUGAGAUUCUAUUUUUUGAAAACGUAAGGCAGCAAGACGAGAUUGUAUCCGGGCAGAAAUCUGAAGGCUAAGAGAAGCUUUUUCAAGAGUGUAGGAAAGGGAUAGAUGUAUAUACGGAAAGUUCCUCGAGUCUUAAGUCAAAAAACUUUAUAGGAGUCCGAGAACAAUGCGUUGGAGGUGUUGUUGCACCAUUGUGAACAGAGCUUUCAGUGUUUUCUUCCUCACAAGUUCAACAUCCUGAUUGUUAUGAUCAUUGGACAAAGAUAGUUAAAUACCAUUCUUCUAAAUUCAACACUUGUGUAACACAACUCAGUCUCAGUUAGCAUUUCUUUUGAUGUAUUCUCCGAUCAGUGGUAAACACUUGUGUUUUUCCUUUCCUCUAAAGGAAGUAUUCUUCAUCACUU